UGUCUCUUAGGAGUGCAUUACCUGGAGUUCGGGGACUCCCGUCGGUGACAAUGACUGCAGACGAGUUGGUUUUCUUUGUGAAUGGCAGAAAGGUGGUGGAGAAAAAUGCAGACCCAGAGACAACCCUUUUGGCCUACCUGAGGAGAAAGCUGGGGCUGAGCGGGACCAAGCUCGGCUGCGGGGAAGGUGGCUGCGGUGCUUGCACGGUGAUGCUUUCCAAGUAUGAUCGCUUCCAGAACAAGAUCGUCCACUUUUCCACCAACGCCUGCCUGGCCCCCAUCUGCUCCCUGCACCACGUUGCUGUGACGACCGUGGAAGGCAUCGGAAGCACCAAGACCAGGCUGCAUCCCGUGCAGGAGAGAAUCGCCAAAAGCCACGGUUCCCAGUGUGGCUUCUGCACACCUGGCAUUGUCAUGAGCAUGUACACGCUGCUCCGGAACCAGCCCCAGCCCUCCAUGGAGGAGAUUGAGAAUGCCUUCCAAGGAAAUCUGUGCCGCUGCACAGGCUACAGACCCAUCCUCCAGGGUUUCCGGACCUUCGCCAGGGAUGGCGGGUGCUGUGGAGGAGACGGGAACAACCCAGACUGCUGCAUGAACCAGAAGAAAGACCAACAGGUCAGUCUCUCGCCACCUUUAUUCAACCCAGAGGAGUUCACACCCCUGGACCCCACGCAGGAGCCCAUCUUCCCCCCAGAGCUGCUGAGGCUGAAGGACUCCCCGCAGACGCAGCUGCGCUUUGAGGGGGAGCGUGUGACGUGGAUCCAGGCCGCCACCCUGAAGCAGCUGCUGGACCUCAAGGCACAGCACCCCGACGCCAAGCUAGUGGUGGGGAACACGGAGAUUGGCAUUGAGAUGAAGUUUAAGAACAUGCUGUUUCCCUUGAUCGUCUGCCCAGCCUGGAUCCCUGAGCUGAACUCAGUGGAGCAUGGCCGCGAGGGUAUCACCUUCGGAGCUGCGUGCCCCCUGAGCUUGAUGGAGAAGACCCUGGCUGAUGCGGUGGCUAAGCUUCCUGCCAAAAAAACAGAGGUGUUUAGGGGAGUCCUCGAGCAGCUGCGCUGGUUUGCUGGGAAGCAGGUCAAGUCCGUGGCGUCCAUCGGAGGGAACAUCAUUACCGCCAGUCCCAUCUCCGACCUCAACCCUGUGUUCAUGGCCAGUGGGGCCAAGCUGACGCUUGUAUCUAGAGGCACCAAGAGAACUGUCCGGAUGGACCACACCUUCUUCCCUGGCUACAGAAAAACCCUGCUGAGCCCGGAGGAGAUACUGCUCUCCAUUGAGAUCCCCUACAGCAGAGCGGGCGAGUACUUCUUGGCCUUCAAGCAGGCCUCCCGGAGAGAAGAUGACAUUGCCAAGGUGACCAGCGGCAUGAGGGUGCUGUUCAAGCCGGGAACCAUGGAGGUCGAGGAGUUGUCCCUGUGCUACGGUGGGAUGGCCAACAGGACCAUCUCUGCGCUCAGGACCACACGGAGGCAGCUGUCCAGGCUCUGGACGGAGGAGCUGCUGCAGGACGUGUGCGCAGGCCUGGCCGAGGAGCUGCACCUGCCCCCCGAUGCCCCCGGCGGCAUGGUGGACUUCCGGCGUACCCUCACCCUCAGUUUCUUCUUCAAGUUCUACCUGACGGUGCUGCAGAAGCUGGGCAAAGAGAACCCGGAGGCCAAGUGUGGCCUGCCGGACCCCACCUUCGCCAGCGCGACGCAGCUCUUCCAGAAGGACCCUCCGGCCAAUGUGCAGCUCUUCCAAGAGGUGCCCAAGGGUCAACCUGAGGAGGACACAGUCGGCCGGCCCCUGCCUCACCUGGCUGCCAACAUGCAGGCCUCCGGAGAGGCCGUGUACUGUGAUGACAUCCCUCGCUAUGAGAAUGAGCUCUCUCUGCGACUGGUCACCAGUACCCGGGCACAUGCCAAGAUCAAGUCCAUCGACACCUCAGGAGCUAAGGAGGUGCCGGGGUUUGCUUGUUUCCUCUCAGCCGGGGACAUUCCUGGGAGCAACGUCACGGGGCUUUGUAAUGAUGAAACUGUCUUUGCCAAGGAUGAGGUGACUUGUGUUGGGCACAUCAUUGGUGCUGUGCUUGCAGACACCCCAGAACACGCACAGAGAGCUGCUCUAGGGGUGAAAGUCACCUACGAGGACCUUCCCGCCAUCAUCACGAUCGAGGAUGCUAUAAAGAACAACUCUUUUUAUGGAUUUGAGCUGAAGAUCGAGAAAGGAGACCUCAAGAAGGGGUUUUCCGAAGCAGACAAUGUGGUUUCAGGGGAGUUGUACAUUGGUGGUCAGGAGCACUUCUACCUGGAGACUAACUGCACCAUUGCUGUCCCGAAAGGGGAGGCAGGGGAGAUGGAGCUCUUUGUGUCUACACAGAACACCACGAAGACCCAGAGCUUUGUUGCAAAAAUGUUGGGGGUCUCAGCCAACCGGAUUUUGGUCCGAGUGAAGAGAAUGGGAGGAGGCUUUGGAGGGAAGGAAUCCCGGAGCACCGUGGUGUCCACGGCGGUGGCCCUGGCUGCAUAUAAGACUGGACGCCCUGUACGCUGCAUGCUGGAUCGUAACGAGGACAUGCUGAUAACGGGCGGCAGACAUCCCUUCCUGGCCCGAUACAAGGUGGGCUUCAUGAAGACGGGGAAGGUGGUAGCCCUGGAGGUGGAACACUUCAGCAACGCAGGCAACACCCAGGACCUCUCUCAGGGUAUCAUGGAGCGCGCCCUGUUCCACAUGGACAACUGCUACAGCAUUCCCAACCUCCGGGGCACCGGACGACAGUGCAAGACCCACCUGCCCUCCAACACGGCCUUCCGGGGCUUUGGGGGGCCCCAGGGGAUGCUCAUCGCCGAGCACUGGAUGAGCGAAGUUGCAGUGACCUGCGGGCUGCCGGCGGAAGAGGUGCGGAGGAAAAACCUGUACAAAGAAGGAGACCUGACGCACUUCAACCAGAAGCUGGAGGGGUUCACUGUGCCACGGUGCUGGGACGAGUGUCUGGCCAGCUCUCAGUAUCACACCCGGAGGAGUGAAGUUGACAAGUUCAACAAGGAGAAUUGUUGGAAAAAGAGAGGACUGUGCAUCAUUCCUACCAAGUUUGGAAUAAGCUUCACGGUCCCUUUUCUGAAUCAGGCGGGAGCCCUGAUCCAUGUGUACACAGAUGGCUCCGUGUUGCUGACCCACGGGGGCACCGAGAUGGGCCAAGGCCUCCACACCAAGAUGAUCCAGGUGGCCAGCAGAGCUCUAAAAAUCCCCAUGUCCAAGAUCUACAUCAGCGAGACCAGCACCAACACGGUGCCCAACACCUCUCCGACGGCCGCGUCGGCCAGCACGGACAUCAACGGGCAGGCUGUCUAUGCCGCUUGCCAGACCAUCCUGAAAAGGCUGGAACCCUUCAAGAAGAAGAACCCCACUGGCUCCUGGGAGGACUGGGUAAUAGCCGCCUACAAGGAUGCCGUGAGUCUGUCUGUAACUGGCUUUUAUAAAACACCCAACCUUGGCUACAGCUUUGAGACUAACUCGGGGAACGCCUUCCACUACUUCACCUAUGGCGUGGCUUGCUCGGAAGUAGAAAUUGACUGCUUGACCGGGGAUCACAAGAACCUCCGCACGGACAUAGUCAUGGAUGUUGGCUCCAGUCUCAACCCAGCCAUUGAUAUCGGGCAGGUGGAAGGGGCAUUUGUGCAGGGUCUUGGCCUCUUCACCCUGGAGGAGCUUCACUACUCACCGGAGGGCAGCCUGCACACCCGUGGCCCCAGCACCUACAAGAUCCCCGCCUUUGGCACCAUCCCCGUCGAGUUCCGGGUAUCCCUGCUCCGUGACUGCCCCAACAAGAAGGCCAUCUAUGCCUCCAAGGCUGUCGGGGAGCCGCCCCUCUUCCUGGCCGCCUCCAUCUUCUUCGCCAUCAAGGAUGCCAUCCGCGCAGCCCGCGCUCAGCACACAGACAACAACGCGAAGGAACUCUUCCGGCUGGACAGCCCUGCCACCCCCGAGAAGAUCCGCAACGCCUGCGUGGACAAGUUUACUACCCUGUGUGUCACGGUUGCACCAGACAACUGCAAGCCCUGGUCGCUGAGGGUCUGA